AUGUCGAAGCUACCGCAGGCGGCCAUGGUUGUCACCAGCCUUGUGGUCGGCGUGACCAUGGUGAUGGGGCCCAAUGCCAUCAACAGUGCCCCGAGCUUCAUGCUCGAGUACUACAAGUACCUCGUCGGCAACGAGGCUGCAGAGGCGCUCUCGCCGGUGUUUUGGAGGAACAUCCUCAGCUUCUACACGGUGGUCACCAUGGUGGCGCAGGCGAUUCAUGAACCGACAAACUUGACCUCCUUCAUGUGCCGCUUCUCGCUGCUCUUCCGUCUCCAGGUGAGCUGCGUGAUGAUGAUGAUAGAACUGCUCGUCAUCCUCAUCAUGCCGCACACGCACACUCCCGAGUACGGCGCGAUCGCGGCGAUGAUGAUCGUGGCAUACCUGGGCGGCGCUGCUCGUGCCUACUUUGAGAACACCGGGUAUGCGCUUUUCGGCCCCUGCCCUCCGGUUAUGAUGACUGGCAUGCUGGUCGGUUCGGCGGUUUCCGGGGCUCUAGUGUCUGUGCUGCAGAUCAUCUUGAAGGUAAGCAUGUCCGACACCUACAGCACCGUGUUGACGCAGUCCCUCAUCUACUUCUGCCUGGCGAUAGGCAUCAUCUUCCUCUCCGGAGUGUUUCUCAUGAUCUUGCCGUACAACCCAUACGCGCGACGCUACGUUGCUGAGUUCCGCUCGAGGCGGGGUCCCUGGGCGAACAUCUACUGCCCGCGCAAGGUUGUGAAGGAGACGUCCGAUGACGGCGCGUGUGGCAAAAGCGGUGCCGCCGGCUUGGAGGACAGCCCUGCCUGCCGCUACUUGGCCAACUCCGGCUCUGAGAAGAAGCCUGAGGUGCUGCUGGAGACGGAGCGCGGCGAUGUCGCAGCGAGCGGUAACCGGGCGCACCACCACCCCAACGUUCUCUAUGAUGACCACUUCACCACGGAGGAGUUCGAAGGGGAGCCGAUGCAGGAAUUCACUCCUGAGCCCGGGAGCCACGACGGCGCUGCAGUGAAUGCCACUCAAAGGGGGGCACGCGACUGUGCACAUCCACAGACGACCUCCGGCGAAGUCAGCAACGAAGUUGUGGGACAGACGGAGGCUAACUCUGAGGGGGAGAACAAUGACUUCCCUGGUGCCGCAGACAGGAUGUUGACGACAGCGGAGCUGCUGCAGGAGGUGAAGCUGUGGCCAGUCACUAAGAAGAUCUACCCGAUGAUGAUUACAUGUUUCCUGACCUUCUGUAUCACCUACCUCGUGUACCCGGGUAUCAUUGUUGCCGUGGACAGUGCUGAUGGAUGGUUCACGACACUCAUCAUUGCGGCGUACAACUUCGCUGACCUCAUCGGUCGUUUGCUGACUCUCUGGAAGCGGCUGUGGCCGUCGCGCAAGGUGAUCCUGAUUGCCUCGAUUACACGCAUUAUCUUCAUUCCUCUGCUGGUGCUGUGCGCGGUGCACAAGAUCCCGUCGAAGGCGGUCGCGUACGUGCUCACGAUUACCAUGGGUUUGUCGAAUGGCUUUGUUGGAGCGCUUUCGAUGAUUUACAGCCCUGAGACGCCAAGCCUUUCUACCGACGGUGAGCGGGCCAUGGCCGGUCAGCUGACAGGCGCGUGCCUGCUGAUUGGCUGUGCGGUGGGCUCGCUCAUUCAGCUGGGGGAGGUGGUUCCAUUCACUUAA